AUAUUGGCCAUUUCCCCUACGCAUUGUCUUCUUCUUUUCCUUUUCAACCUCUUGUCAUUUGGGACGAUAUUUUGUUCAGCUGCCGUUUUUACCGUCAAAAACCAUUGCAGUUUCACGGUGUGGCCCGGUUAUCUCUCCGGAAAUGGCGCUGCACUUGGCAAUGGUGGUUUUUCAUUGUCACCUGGUUCAUCAGUCCAGCUACAACCUCCACCCGGUUGGUCUGGCCGCAUCUGGGGUCGAACUGGCUGCAAAUUUGACGACUCCGGGUCUGGCAAAUGUAUAACCGGUGACUGCGGUGGGGUACUGAAGUGCAGCGGCGGUGGCGUGCCACCCGUCACCUUGGUGGAGUUCACCAUUGCAGGUGGCUCUGCUGAUAACAAGGACUAUUAUGAUGUCAGUCUGGUGGAUGGUUACAACGUUGCCUUGGGAGUCGAGGCAAUUGGUGGUUCAGGGGAUUGCCAAUAUGCAGGUUGUGUCGCAGAUCUUAAUGCAAAUUGCCCGGUUGAAUUAAGGGUCAUGGAUUCGGGCUCGGUGGUCGCUUGCAAAAGCGCAUGCACAGCGUUUAACACGCCGGAGUUUUGCUGCACCGGGGAUCAUGCUACUCCUCAAACUUGCUCGCCGACGCAGUACUCCAAGAUGUUCAAGAAUGCAUGCCCCACAGCUUAUAGUUAUGCUUAUGAUGAUGCCUCUAGCAUUAGGACUUGCUCCGGAUCGGAUUAUUUGAUAACAUUUUGCCCAAUCGGGUCAUAAACAUUACUGAUAUUUGAUUGGAUUAAUGUCG